AGCUUUCCGGGAAGGACGCGGGGGUGAGCCCCGCCGCCCCGGCUGCACCUUAUAACCCCACAGACAGCCCUGAGGCUGCGGGAGGUGGACCAUGUCUGCUUGGGCAGCCCUCCUGCUGCUCUGGGGUCUGGCCCUGAGCCCGGUGACUGAGCAGGCGACGUUCUUUGACCCCAGGCCAUCCCUGUGGGCCGAGACCGGCUCACCGCUGGCACCCUGGGCCGACGUGACGCUGACCUGCCAGAGCCCGCUGCCGACCCAGGAGUUUCAGCUCCUCAAGAAUGGCGUGGGCCAGGAACCGGUGCACCUGGAGUCCCCUGCCCAUGAGCACAGGUUCCCGCUGGGACCAGUGACCAGCGCCACCCGGGGCCUCUACCGCUGCAGGUACAAGGGCAACAACGAUUGGGUCAGCCCGAGCAACCUGGUGGACGUGACGGGUGCAGAGCCCCUGCCCCCACCCUCGCUCUCAACCAGUCCCGUGUCCUGGAUCACACCCGGCCUGAACACCACACUGCUGUGCCUCUCGGGACUUCGAGGUGUGACUUUCCUGCUGAAGCUGGAAGGAGAGGACCAGUUUCUGGAGGUGGCUGAGGCCCCAGAGGCCACGCAAGCCACCUUCCCAGUCCACCGGGCUGGGAACUACAGCUGCAGCUACCGGACCCACGCGGCAGGCACCCCCUCGGAGCCCAGCGCCACAGUGACCAUAGAGGAGCUGGACCCGCCGCCGGCGCCCACGCUGACAGUGGACAGGGAGUCGGCCCAGGUCCUGAGGCCGGGCUCGCCUGCCUCACUCACCUGCGUGGCGCCCCUGAGCGGCGUGGACUUCCAGCUGCGGCGGGGCGCGGAGGAGCAGCUGGUACCCCGGGCCAGCACCAGUCCGGACCGCAUCUUCUUCCGGCUGAGCGCGCUGGCCGCGGGCGACGGCGGCGGCUACACCUGCCGCUACCGGCUACGCGGCGAGCUGGCGGCCUGGUCCCGGGACAGUGCGCCGGCCGAGCUGGUGCUGAGCGACGGGACGCUCCCCGCGCCGGAGCUGUCGGCCGAACCCGCGGUCCUGAGCCCCACGCCGGGCGCGCUGGUGCAGCUGCGGUGCCGGGCACCGCGCGCCGGCGUGCGCUUCGCCCUGGUGCGCGAGGACGCGGGAGAGCGCCGGGUGCAGCGCGUCCUGAGCCCCGCGGGCCCCGAGGCCCAAUUCGAGCUGCGCGGCGUCUUGGCGGUGGACUCGGGCAACUACAGCUGCGUCUACGUGGACACGUCGCCGCCCUUCGCGGGCUCCAAGCCUAGCGCGACCCUGGAGCUGCGCGUGGACGGGCCGCUGCCCAGGCCGCAGCUCCGGGCCCUGUGGACUGGGGCCUUGACUCCGGGCCGCGAUGCCGUCCUGCGCUGCGAGGCCCAGGUGCCCGACGUCUCCUUCCUGCUGCUGCGCGCGGGCGAAGAGGAGCCCUUGGCGGUGGCUUGGUCCACCCACCGCUCCGCGGACCUGGUGCUGACCUCCGUGGGGCCCCAGCACGCCGGCACAUACAGCUGCCGCUACCGCACCGGCUGGCCCCACUCCUUGCUGUCGGAGCUCAGCGACCCGGUGGAGCUCCGGGUGGCAGGAAGCUGACCCAGUGGCCGACCCGGGUGCUGAUGGUUUCCUCGGGGAGUCCUUUCUCCAGCCUGCCUCCGAUGCCUUGUGCUGCAGCCGGAAGCUGCAGUUCUCCCUGGGAGCAGGGGGAAUGGCCGCCUGUUCCUGAUCCAUCCUAGGAACCAAUAAAUGUGCAGACAGCCUUUAA